AAGCGCCAAGGCUUGAGUUCCUACUGGAAUGUCGAACCUUUCGUCUGUGGUUCCGGGCUCCAUCCCUGUGGUUUCUGCUCCUGACUGGUUUUAGGGUGUUUCUCCGCCUCUACUCUCUAUUUGGAGUGACGUGAGAAGGGAGAAUAGGCCUCCGGUGUCAGGGUCGCCAGUGGAUGGAUCGGGAGACGCGCACCUUUGCCGAGCGGCACUACCGGAGCCUCGCCGGCAGAGUCCCCGGCGGCGACGGGCCCGCACCCAGCAGUGUGACCUUCAUUCGGGCUCCAGACGCCUUCUCCUACGCCGACUUCGUCAAGGGCUUCCUGCUGCCUAACCUGCCCUGCGUGUUUUCCAGCGCCUUCACCGAGGCCUGGGGCAGCCGGCGGCGCUGGGUGACGCCGGAGGGAAAGCCUGACUUCGAGUACCUGCUGCACAAGUAUGGAGACGUGGUUGUACCGGUUGCUAACUGUGGAGUGCGGGAAUACAACUCAAACCCCAAGGAGCACAUGCCCUUCCGUGACUAUAUCAGCUACUGGAAGGAGUACAACCAAGGAGGCUGCUCCUCUCCGCGGGGCUGUCUCUACCUCAAGGACUGGCACCUGUGCAGAGACUCUCUGGCAGAUGACUUAGAAGAUAUAUUCACGCUGCCUGUGUACUUCUCAUCAGACUGGCUGAAUGAGUUCUGGGACGUCCUCCAUGUGGAUGACUACCGAUUUGUCUAUGCGGGCCCCCGGGGCACCUGGUCUCCCUUCCAUGCGGACAUCUUCCGCUCCUUCAGCUGGUCAGUGAACAUCUGUGGGAGGAAGAAAUGGUUGUUCUUCCCGCCAGGGCAGGAGGAAGCCCUUCGGGACUGCCAUGGUAACCUGCCCUAUGAUGUGACUUCCACUGAGCUCCUGGAUACCCACCUGUACCCCAGGAUCCAGCACAACAGCAGACCCCUUGAAGUCAUACAGGAGGCUGGAGAGAUGCUGUUUGUGCCCAGUGGGUGGCACCAUCAAGUGUACAACCUGGACGACACCAUCUCUAUCAACCACAACUGGGUCAACGGCUGCAACCUGGCAAACAUGUGGCAGUUCCUUCAGCAAGAACUCCAGGCAGUGCAGCACGAGGUCAGAGAAUGGAAGGACUCCAUGCCUGACUGGCACCACCACUGCCAGGUCAUCAUGAAGUCCUGCACGGGCAUCAAUUUUGAAGAAUUUUACCAUUUCCUCAAGGUCAUUGCUGAAAAGAGAUUCCUUGUUCUGAGGCAAGGGCUGAAGGGGGAUACAGGGGACAGCACGAGCCUAGGACUGGGCCUACAACAGGCUGCCUUUGAUGUUGGCCGCCUCGCAGAUGUGUUGGCCUCUGUGGUUGCACAUCCUGACUUUCAGAGAGUGGACACCAGCGCAUUUUCGACGCAGCCCGAGGAACUGCUUCAGCAGCUCAAGGAUGCUGUGGCUGCUGCAGAAGCCCUUUGAUAUGCUACAGAUCAAGAUGCAAGAAGAGCUCCAGAGGGCAGCUCUUGCCCCAGGAAGUUCAGGCUACCCUCCCUUGAGGCCUAGAAUGUGCCUCAAGCCUGUGCAGGUGCAGUUCUUGCAGGGUGAGCAGACACAGUUGUGCUCAUCCUGUGCUGUUUCCCAACAUCUAGGCCCUGGAUCUUGAGGAAGGUCCAGCCAAAACGCGAGUUUAGCUCAUGAUGAUUAGAGGGAUGUUUCCCAUCUGGCAUACAGCAAGCCUGCCAAGAACAUGAAUUAAGUAGUAAUCAUGAAACCAGGUUUCCUUGGAGCCUUCCAUCCUCUCCUAGUGGUCCUAGGACUCCUGAGUGAUAGACAUCUGAUCUACCUUUGAGGUGUCCUUUCUUAAGCUGGGACAUAGUUAUGUGUGCAUAUAUGCAGUCUUCCUCCCAAGCUUCUUUGUCUUCUAGUUCUUUCCUGGGAGCUCCAGACUCCAGCUGGACUAGGAGGAGUGAACCAGGCUAUGACAAGUUGUAGGGGACUUCUUAAGCUGGGUGUUGUUCACCUGUGGCUGGAGGCAUGGUGCUAAGUGGCUCAAAAAUGCAGGUACUGGUCCAGGAUGGAGAUGAUGAUGCGGGACUAGGGUAAAGUAGUUUUCUUCCCCACAGUACUUCUCCUAUGCUAGACCAUCUGCUGCCCAAGAGGGCAUAGUGCCAGACCCAAAGCAGAAGUAUAGGGAGCCUUGUAGAGGAGACAAAUAUACCCAGGUUGGCCCUGGAUAAGUCAGUGCCUCCUGUACUCACUACCCAUGCAUGUUCUCUCUGUCUGAGAAGGAGACAAGAUAUUGCGUAAUGGCCUGCAUGAGUCCACAUAAUGCCCUAUCCUUCUAGAGCCUGCAUGUCACCAUGUUCUCUGGGCUGUUUCUAGGAGUAGGGUUGCAGCUGCGAGCAGAGAGGUACAGUCUGUGUGAGCGCCAGCUGCUUACUCUUGGCCUCAGCACAGACCACCGUCAUGAGGCACAGCUGUAAAUAGUGCUGGACUUGUAGACAUCUUUGCAGACAGAAGCAUUGCCUAAACCUGCAGCCAUCAUGGUCUGAGGUGAGGCCUCAUAGGGAGAAGAAAGUUAUAAGCAGAAUUGGCCACAGCCUUUGUAGGGUUUUUAUGCAGGACCUGGUGCCAGUGACAUCCCUGUGAUCCCUAAGAAGACCCUCUGAGUGAGGCUUGGGGAUGUUUUCAGAGGAGCCACUUGAAGCUUAGAGUGCUGACACUUUCCAGGGCACAGCUGGUGGUGCCUGCAGAGUGGCACUGAUACUGAGUUACACUGGGCUGCAGGUCUUACGGUAGGUAAGCGUAAGAAGUUGGGUUGGGGCAGGGGCAGUUAUUUUAUGCCAUGCCUGCCACAAGGAGUAGGUCUCCUUGGUUGAGACUACUGGGGAGAAUCAAUGGAAAGAAAAUUAUUUAUUACUACCUUCAGGCCCUUUGCCAGCUAAGUAAGGAUAGCACCUCCUGUUUCAGAGCUAUGUUAGCAUUAUCCCAGGGAUAGUUAUCCUUAAAUAUGGCCAGGCAAUAAGCGUGCCCAGGCUAGGGCUGUGAGCUCCUGACCAGGGUUGUAGUAUCUGGUGCCCUGGUUCCUUUCCUACAUGGAGACACUUGACUCAAUUGGCCCAGCAAUUUAAUUUACCUCCCUUACUCCAGACUGGCAAAAUUAAGAAAGAGAACACCCCGGGCAGUGUGUGACAGACAUUAGCUACUAUAUUCCCAUGACUGUCAUAAUUGGAAGUGAUAAUAUAGUCCCUAGUCAGAUUAACAAGCCAGGAGGGGUCCCAUGCUAAAACAGCUCUGCAGGGAAAGGUGCUUGCUGUGCAAAUCCACUGACAAGUUUGAACCCUGGAUUCCAUGUCAAAGUGGAGGAGCCCCUUCAUGCUGCAUUAGUACUUCACAGACUACCAAAACCCUAGCAUGUACCAGGGCCGCCACAGUUGGAGCCUUCUGUAAGGGCCUCCGCCCAGCAGCUAGCUGUCCAGCCUUGGGCUGAUGCCACUCUUGUUGCUGGCUUUUGUAGCCAAAAAUUAGUAUUUCUCAGUAUCUUUUAUCAUCUCCUUAAAAAUAACUUCCUGUUGCUCCAGCUGAUGGAUACAGCUGAGUUUACCGACAUAUAUUUUCCUAUCAUGACACUGCUAUUCGCAAAAAGUAAUGUCUUUUGAAAAAUGAUGUGGAUUAACAGUUAAAAUAUCCUCCUAGAACCUAGUUAUCCCAAUACUUGCAAAGAAUUAAUGAAAGAAAAACAUCCUAAUCAGAGUCUAAGAAGGGUCUCAAAUCUGUGUUCAAGGAAUGCUCUCACCUCAUUCUCCUGCAUGGUAGGAUGAGAUACACAUGCCACUAUGCUUGGCUAAGCCUACAAUUAAAUAACAUUUGUAGAACUCAAGUGUAGAUAAACAUGCAAAUCCUGUGAGGGUAAAAUCAAGAGGGACAUUUUAAAUACACCUGAGAGGGGACUGGAGAGAUGGCUCAGAGGUUAAGAGCCCUGACUGCUCUUCCAGAGGUUCUUAGUUCAAUUCCCAGCAAACACAUGGUGGCUCACAACCAUCUAUAAUGAGAUCCGGUGCCCUCUUCUGGCGUGCAGGCACACAUGUAAAUAGAACACUGUAUGCACAGUAGAUAAAUAAAUCUUUAAAACAAUUCAACUGAGAUUACUGAAAAUGAAGAGACAAUAUACAGCCUUUGUAAGACAGCUAAGGCAGUACCUAGAGGAAAAAUGAUAAACUGGCAGUACUUAUGAACAAAGAUCUUGAAUCAGUAAUCCAAGAAAUAAAAUCAACGCAAUAAGAGGGAAAUAACCAGCAGAAAUCUUUGAGAUAAAAGACAACAGAGAAUAGCAAUGAAACCAAAACUUACUUUAUAAAAGACCAAUAAGCUGUCAUGGCACACACUUUAAUCCAGCACUUGGGAAGGUUCAGAGUACCAGAGCAACCUAGGCUCUGUAAAGCCUAUCUAAAGAAAAAUGUGUUUACUUAGUUUAAUGAGAGUUCCAUGGGUUUAGCAUCUUUGCAACAGUCAGCUUAGAACUGGGUCACUUGGCGCUUUCCCUUCCUUCUCCAGUUGAAAAUGUUUUUGUCUCUUAAUAGCCAGCAUUCCCUUAGAGCCGCAGUUAUCCUCAACACACUCAAGCCACAGCACAGUCUUUAUGGUUUUAGCCUUAAUAAAUUUCUGCCUUAUUUAGCAGAAAAUAGGCUUGGUCUGCCCAUCUUAGCCAUGCCUGUCUUAAUGCUGCUUUCCUAAGGUCAACAAAUUUGAAAACCCAUAGUUAGGCUGGCUGAGAUUAAAAAAGAAGAAAAGAAACCAUAUCAGAAAUUAAUAAGGACAUUACUAUCAGAUUAAAAAACAGUCACAUGAGCAAUGUUAAGCAAUACUGUAGAUAAUUUUCAUGAAAUUAACAAACUUCUAGAAUCAUACCUACUAUCAAAGCUUACUCGAGAAAGAUAGUGUAAGAUUACCCACAAGGGAGACUGUAACACAAAAAUUGUACACACAAAAGCUCAUAUUUCGAAAUUACUGGUAAUUUAUAUAAGACUUCUGUAGAUGCUAGUAAUUUAUACCAAACUUUCAGAGAUGUAUUAUGAAAUCUUGAACUCUUCAAGAAACCAGUGCUAAAGGCACUGCCCAAAUCAUUUUACCAGUUACUGAGAUUGUAGAGCCAAGCAAAUACUUUAUCAGGAAACACACUCCAUGGUCGUAAUAGGUUAUUUCAGGAAUGCAAAGCUAGUUAAUAGCUGUCAGUGCAAAUAACAGAUAGUCUCCAAAGAAUAAAGAUUACUUGGGACUACCAAAGAGUUUCAAGGGGAACAUUCAUGCCAUGUAAACUAGGCAUGAAUGUGAGACAUUUUUAAAGGCAAAAGAAUGAGAAUAAUAUAUGACAUUUUAAAAAAUAAUUCAAGGAUUAAUAGGACUGGUGUGAGUCGAAGAUUAAAAAGUUGAGUAGCAUCUGAACUUUAUGUAAGGCUGCUGUGGCUUCUGCAAGGCUGUGAUCCUGGCAGCCUUUCAUGAGUAGCUCGUUAUCAAGUAUACUCUCCCAGGUUUGUGUAUUUCCACUAACGUAUUUGAAGACAGUCUUGGUGUACUGUUACAAUAAAACAGUCAUGACAUUCACCACACUGGAA